AUGAGCAAAGGAGAAGAUAUGGAUGCUUGCCUAGGGGAAGUAAAUAAGGACUCGAAAGUGUGGCAGCAUGGCAAGAUGAUUGCUCUUGACUGGCUCCGAAUUUUCAGAAAUCUUGGAAAUUUGAGCAAGGUUUGUUUACCUUUUUUACUUGCAUGUGUGUACAUAUAUAUGUGUUAGCAGGCACCAGAUAAAAAAAUGCCAUCUAUGUAAUCUGGUAGCUGCUAACAGGGGAAGUAGACAUGUGGACGUGUGUUUUCAUGCCGGAUGAUAAUAUUAUUUUAACUCUUGUAGGCUGGGACAUGACAUUUAUCUUGUAACUAAAAAAUAUUAAUUUUAUAAUCUUAGUCCCUGUUUGCUGGACUUUUCAUACACAUAUUGCAGAUGAAAUUGUAGCAAACGGUGGGACCAUGUAUUAGGGACACCUUUCUGUUGUAGAAUCACUGUGGCAUUUACUUUCAGAUAUUUUACAUAAAUAUUGAAAUGUUUAUAACAAUAUCACUAUAGGUGAGAAACUGGUUCUUCACCAUGGUUGGUUUACAAAACCCAAAAGAGGGAGCCAUAGAGUCUAGAAGAAAGUAUGACUUUGGAGAUGAAGUGCUUGCAUGGAGGAUAAAGCUUCGAAAAGAAAGGCAAGUUUCUGUACUAUUUCAAGUGCACCUCUUUGACCUUUAUUGCAGAGUAUGAUAUACCCUCCAAAUUUAGACCUAACAAUUUUUGCUAACAUGAUACACGGUAACUGCUAUUGCUUUGUAUGAGAAUAAAGUUGAAGUCAUUACCUCAGCUCACAGACUUUUGUCAUCUAAUUCCAAACUUUCCAAAGUUUGUUUUAUAUUAGAAACCAUAAUUAUUAUUAUGGUAUGGCAAAUUUCCCUGUAAUGUAUGUUGGCCAAAUCCUUCCAUGAUUUCCUUCCCUGAUGAUUAUUGUAUUUUUAAUGGUUUACUACAGGUAUCUGGAGGGGAACUGUUCAGAAAAGCUAAUUUCCUUGGAUGGCCUUGAAUUGGAAAAGGAUCUCCCAAACUAUGAAGAAAUUUUGCAGAGUAACCGGAGAAGACUGCUCAGUGAACAAAUCAUCGAUUGCAAGAAGCGAACAGAGGUGGAGGUACAAAGACUUUAUGUAACUGUUCAAGAAAGGGCUGUAGCGGAAGAUAUAAAGAAUGCUACCAAGGAUGAAAUUCUGAAACGCAUUGGAGAUAAACUACAGCAGAUUUUUGAUGGAGAGGUAAGAGGACCUCUGUCUAGAAAGCUGGAAUAUUUUAUAAAGAAUGCUACCAAGGAUGAAAUUCUGAAACGCAUUGGAGAUAAACUACAGCAGAUUUUUGAUGGAGAGGUAAGAGGACCUCUGUCUAGCAAGCUGGAAUAUUUUAAGGCCCACCCAAGUAAAGCCAAAAAGGAUGCACUGCUUGUAUUGUACAAUGACAUAAUUGAAGAGCUUCAGCACCUUGAAGCAGUUGACGAACAAUGUAUUGUGGAAGAUGAUGAAGAUGGAGAGGUUGACUGAUGAUAAUAUUGUAUAUUAUGAAGUUGUAAAAAUUGUGCUGAUCCAUAAAACAUCCAUACCUCCUCCACGGAAGGGAUUUUUUUAAAAUAAGAACCCAAGCCCCUAUAGAAAUUCAAAUUUAACUUCAUACAUUGUGUGGUUCCUGAAAAUAUCCACACCCAUCACAAGGAUGGUCACUGAAAAUUCCGAGGGGGAGGGGGAUCCCAAAAGUCAAAUUUUUGAAGGGAAAGUAUGAAGCAAAACUGGAAAUUCCAGGUAGGGUAGGAGGGUCCGAACCAUAAAACCAUUCUUGGGGGUAUGGCUAUUUUCUGAACCCACACAUUUCUAUAGUUUUUUUGGUCUUUGAGGCCCCCAGGAAUUUCCAAUCCCUUCUGUGGUGGGAAUAUGGAUAUUUUCGGUAUCUUUUCAUUGAGUAGUAAAACAAAAUUGUGCUGCUUUUGUCAGAUUUUGUGUCGGAUAUCGACUCUAUUGCACACUUAAAUGAAAUUUUUCAAACUGCUGGCAGGACUGUUAGCAGGAUCUCACAGUGGUUUUUUUCUGUGUAUGUAUAUUCUAGAUUUUUAUCUCAAUAAUUUAUCCAUUUCUUUUAAAAUGUUUCACUUUGUUAAAUUUCGUGUAUGCAUGCACAUACUGUACCGAGGAAUGCUUCCCUGCCAUUGAGUUGCAAUAGAAGGCUGCAUGAACAGUGAUAAAUAUAAUGUGGCCUAGAUUUUAAUCCAAGCUAAAAGUCACAUCAGUAGUAAUUGAAAUGGAUUUUUUCUCGAGUUCAGUGUAAGGUUCUCCUGAUUACAAAUACAAAAAUUUAUAGGAAUGUACGGAGGAGGGGUGAUGGUAUAACUGGGGGUGCUUGUCAAACCGAAAACCACAAGACUUAUUUUACAACUUUUUAACAAAGAACCCAGAGCAGUUGGUUAUGACAGGAAUGUUCCUGCUUAUCCAAAUAGGUACCUAGCUACUCGAUGAAAAGAUAUUCUUUUAACUUUCAGCGGUUUGUUUCAAAACUUUCAAUAACCAUUUACAUGUACAUCACUUUUAUAUGUGAGAUUCCACCCCUCCUCCUUUUAUGCAAUUAUUGGUAUACUACAAUAGCCAUAAGUAAUUUAAUGGACUAUUUGCUUUUAAUCAAAUGAUUGUUCAAUUGCUACAGUAGUUUUUCACAAAAAAGUCAAUUCAAUUUAACAGAAACAAUAGCACAUACUGAGUUGCCUUGUAGAGCUAUGUAUUAUGACGGUUCAUAUAGCUUCAAUAAACAUUAAGAGGCUGUCCGCGUAAGAACCGAUGAGGCAAAUUUCGGUCUAUCACGGAUUGCCCUGAUUUUUUCAGCAGAAGAUGACUAUCCUAUCCCAUGAAGAAAUAUCACAUUUAUUUGGACCAACUCAAUUUUUUCUCUAUUUUACAGGAAGAUUUUCUCGGUCACCUAAAACUAGUCAGUUUGCCGUCGGAAGUAGUGCGAUUUUGGUGAAACUUUAGGGCUCUGUCAAACCUACCUUACAUAGCCGAAUAAUCUGAUUAUUUUACACACGAAAGUCUUAACUCUCAUUAAUAGUUUCAAUGUUUAAUGGUUGCAUUCUGUGGAAAGUUGGCUGAGAUAUGAUUUUUUGAAAAUGACCUUUAAUUUGCUCAGCAGGAAAAGUAAUUUGCAUAAGUAGAGCUGAACGGUAAUUUCCUAAAAGUGGCACCUGACCCAGACUCAAGUCUAUGAUAAAUCAGAAGUACUAAGACCAGUCUACUUCUUAACGCAAUAAAAUUUGUGGGCACUCUUCUUUGCGUGCCGUGCAAAGUUCCGGUAAUGUUCCAAAGUUCGCUAUUGUGACAGCAAAGCUGGAAUUGUAACGGGUCCGCAUCUGAUCGACUAAUUUCCACAGCUUUAACGUUUCCAGUUAUCACUAAAUAUCAUUAGACCCUUCAAAUGUUGGACGUUUGAAAACAUGUGGAGAAAACUUAGUAAUCGCUUUUCCUUGGGUCUUUUUCUUGUCGACGAUGAACGUGACUUCGUUCUCGGUAAGCAAAUUAGCCUUAGAUGGGUUGUUUCAACAAAUUGACAGGAAAUAUAAUCGUUACAUUCACAUUUCUAAGGGGAAAAAUAAUUGUCCUUUCCACAGAAAAACACAAACCAUGACUUAGAAUCCCCUUAAGGUCUGUUUUUUUUUUUUUUUUUUUUUUUUUUUUUUUAACGAGGAAGAAGCAGCUGAAUAAUAUAUCAUGAAAGAUGUUUGCGGCUUAAAAUAAUUCAAUUACUGUGGCCUGUCACGCAUUCCUCAAGAGGGGUGGUCGAUUAGAAAACAAUAGCGUUGUGUCGAUCAAUUCGAUAAUAUUAUCAUCUUUUUUUUAAAUGAUAGUUAUUGAUAAUAAUAAAAAAUAAGAGUUCACUUGCAAGGUAAUUCCUCCUGUAGCACACGAAAAUGUUUGGGGGACUCUUUUUUGCCUGCCUUUAUAAAAAAUAGCGUUAACGUCGAAAGCUUUAUUAUGAUAUUUGCUUAUCGGGAGAAGGCAGAUCUUUGUACACUAGCACUAUGCCCCACACUUUUUCUAUCUUAAAUUAGCGGUAAAUUUCAGUUUCAUUCAAAGAUCUUUAAAGCGUUUAUCGGUAGCUUAUCGGUAGCAGAAUGAAAAGGGAAAAAUAGUUUCUUUUUUCAGUGAAUAAACGCAAAAGGGAGUAUCUUUUCAGUUUUUGUUAGGGUAUAACAUCCGAAUUCCAACGAUGAUCUUGUUUUGGUUUCAAUCUGAUUGAAUUAUAAUGCAACAGGUGCCAGUUUCAAACUAAAUAUAAUUAUGUCACUGAAAUCGCCGAAGAGAUCAAUUGUGAAAAAUGGCUUUCUCGGCUAUUUCAUCAAGCAGUUCUUCCGCGAGAUCGUAGACAGAGUGAGGUCUCGGAAGGGGUGUAGAGGAAAAUGUGUUGGUCACAGAGUGCAUAGAUGAUAUUACCUCACACUUAGCCAGCUCUCACUUGUCUAAGUGUAGCAAGUGUAGCAAAGACAAUGAAAAUGAACUCAUUUUAGCGAGAGUACGUAUUCGAGGCUUGGUGGGUAUUCGGAACUGAAAUGACAAUCUGCCCAAGGCACAGACUCUAAAUAGUCUGUGUACAGACCCCCUCCUCUCAGGAAAAAUCGGAGAAGGGGCCGCUUCUCCCAAGGGGGGGAGGGUAGUGUGUACACAGGCUAACACUAAAAUGACAAUCUGCUUUAGGCACAGGUUUUUGCGAGCGCCAAGGUCUUGCUAGGCUCGAUUGUAAGCCGCUGUUUUGGAAAACGAGUCCCCAACGGACGGGGAGAGGGCGGAAAUCGAGCCUAAGGUCUUGUCAAUACCCCGGUCACACUCUGGAUCAUACUGGCAAAAUAACUUCUGUGGCAGGAAGACACGUCGUAAAUUUCCAGAUAGCCAGCGAAAUAAGUCAAAGUUUUGUUCCAUCAUUCUUUUUUCUUCUUCAUGCAAACAAUUGUCUUAACGUACAGAGAUAUUUUAAUUUCUCUAUUUAACAUUUUAUCUUGCGAUGUUUUCUGAAGUUCGUUUCCAGUUUAUUUGAGCUUGCAAGGAUAGUUUUUGUUAUUUCUAUUUUUUUGACAGCCGUGUAUCUUGCCCUGAUCAAUUCUUACCUUUAAAAUACUAUACAUACCGGUUAAUCCGUGUGUUGUGAAAGAUUGUUUUCUGAUGAUUGUUUGAAGAGCAUUAUAAAUGGGGAAAAAAGAACUUUCUACACGGAGUCAGGAUUCAACCUCGUCCCCAGGGCUUUCCCCCCCCCCCUGUCAUUUUCUAAGAAGAAUGUCCUGGGGACGAGGCUAGGAGUGAUUGUGGUCGAGGUGUCGUUCACGUGUAUGAAAAGUAUUUCAUUCUUAAAAUAAAAAUAACUUUUUUGAACUUAGACAGUGUUUAAAACAUGUCUCUGGGUUUUGCAAAAAUUAGUGAUACUUAAAAGUACCUUAGUGUUCAGUUCAACUUUAUAUAGCCGAUUUGCUCCUCCUGUCGCAAGAAACUUGAAAAAACUUGACGCCGAAGGGUCGAGAAGAGCACAACCAUGUCCACACAUUUGCCGGAGAGGUUUAUUGGACAAGAUUUCUCUGUUUUUCUUGUUUGACUGAACGUUUUCAUUAAGUCUUCAAAAAUGCCUCCAGAUUGCUGCUUUUUUUUUUUUUUUUUUUUUUGUAUGCUCUUGAACAAUGUGCUUCAUCUCACCUCUCCAUUUUUAACCUACUUUACCAUCCACCCUCUCUCCCCACUGUUCCACCUCUACUUUAAUAAGCAUUUGUAUUUAGGGGGGGUGAAAUUUCUCCCGUGUAUAUUAGUUUCUGAAAAAAUAAGUCCUUCUACUUUUUCCUUAAAUUCUUAAACUUAGUUCUUUUUUCUUUAAGAACCACCAAAGAUGCUGCUAAGGCUGCAAUAAGCGCACUCGCCUUUUUAUAUACUUCAUCUAGUGAAAUGCCCGCCCUUUCAUAUACCUGAAGCCUGAAAAAGAUACUCCUUUCGGGCGGAACCUCCCCGUAUAGGCCAUCAUAGGGAGUUCCCCCCACUCCCGUUCCAAUUCCGUGCUCACCUAUUGCCAGCCCAUGUUGGACUCUAGGCCCGUUUGAGUCAACACGUAAACAUAAUCCUAACUGUAUACAAGUUGAACUUGACCAUAGAGAUCUGUUGCAAGAAGACGACGAGUUCGAAAGGCAAAAGCUUGUUGCAGAAAUCGCUGAAGAAUUGAGACCACAACUCCCUCAACCAGAAGCUUUCAACCUAUGUGUAUGUCAAAGGAAGAACAACCUAGUCAGUUCAACGUGGUAAUGCUAAAAAAAUCUUGUGUCACUUUAAAAUACCAUUCAAAUCCAGGGAAAGAAAAGGAGACCUAGUUGACAAACUUUCGUCUUUCAUACAAGAUUGCACGUGCUUUUGUCCAACAGCGCAGGAGUGAACAUAUGGAUCCUUAAUUUAGUGUGAUUAACAGCCGGCAAAACUUUUGGGAUUUAACAGGAGAAGGACCGUAAACAAUAACUAUGCCUUUUUCUGCAUGCCAUUCCUCAUUUUUACUGAAAUGUUGUUAAUUGGCGAUAAACACAAUGCUCUGUUAAUACCACCCUAACGUUUGUAUAGCCUAUGGUUAGCAAGGAAUCUAGGAAAUGAAAGUACUUUGCAGGUGUGGUCCUAUGGUGUCGCAAGGUAUUUCUGAAGUUGUUUGCGAGCUAUUUCCAAAAUAUUAAUUUUUGAUUCUGUAAUUGAAAAUAUUGUGCUAGUGAUCGUGAAUAAGAGUGGCCGUGUCCAAGGGACUACUUUGUAGCUAAUUGUCGUGUAUUACACCAUGGGCUGUCAUAUUAAACCCUAUCCUCACGGUGGCUCCCGGGGAUACUGACUCAGUUAAAACGGUCGUAGAAUGAAUAAAUACAACAGCACGGUAUUUCCCACCCAGUAAAGAAUCGGAAUUAAUAGUGAUUAAAUUGUAUGAUUAUCAAUAACUAUCACUUCAAAAAAAAUAUAAUCAGAUAAAAGAACUGAUCGAUACACAGCCACUCUCGGGGAAUGCGUGACGGGCCAAAGUAAUUAAAUUGUUUUCAUUCGCGUAAACAUAAUCUUCUUCUACUACUUCUUCCUCGUGAAACAGACCUAAGGGGAUUCUAAGUCAUAUAUCGUUCGUGUUUUUUCUUGGAAAGUUCUAAGAGAUAUUUUCCCUUAAAAAUGUGAAAUAUAAGCAGUUAUGUUUCCUGUCAAUUCAAUUAAUUGAAACGACGCAUCUAAGGCUAAUUUGCAUACGGAGAAUGAAGUCGCGUUCUGAUCGUCGACCAGGAAAAAAACCAAGAAAAAGCGAUUACCAAGUUUUCUCCUCGUGUUUUCAAACGUCCAACAUUUAAAGGGUCUAAUGACAUUUGGUGAUAACUAGAAACGUUAAAACUGUGGAAAUUAGUCGAUCAAAUGCGGACCGUUACAGUUCCAGCUUUGCUGUCAAAAUGGCGAGUUUGUAACAUUAACGGAACUUUGUACAGCGCGCAGAGAAGAGUGCCCACAAAUUUUAUUGCAUUAAGAAGUAGACUGGUCUUAGUACUUCUGAUUUAUCACAGACUUGAGUCUGGGUCAGGUGCCACUUUCGCGAAAUUACCGUUCAGCUCUAGUUAUGCAAAUUACUUUUCCUGCUGAGCAAAUUAACGGUCAUUUAAAAACAAUCAUAUCUCAGCCAAAUUUCCACAGAAUGCAACCAUUAAACUUUGACACUGUUAACGAGAGUUAAAACUUUAGUGUGUAAAAUAAUCAGCUUAUUCGGCUAUGUAAGGCAGGUUUGACAGAGCCCUAAAGUUUCACCAAAAUCGCACCACUUCUGAAGGCAAACGGGCCAGUUUUAGGUGACCGAGAAAAUCUUCCUGUAAUAUAGAGAAAAAAUUGAGUUGGUCCAAAUAAAUGUGAUAUUUCUUCAUGGGAUAGGAUAGUUAUCUUCCACUGAAAAAAUCAGGGCAAUCCGUGAUACACCGAAAUUUGCCUUAUCGGUUCUUACGCGGAAAGCCUCUUAACAGAACAUAACGUUCUGAUUGUUUUGGGAAAUGCCCAAAAGUUACCAGGAACAAUAACAAUUUAAUUAGCUGAUGAGGGUCAUUGAUUGAUCAUCCAUACAGUAUCUGCUAUCACUCUUCCUCUCCAGCAACAAAGAUCUCUACGCUCUCGUCAGAAAUAAAUGAUAUUUAACUCUGUUUCCGCACGGUGGGUACGUCAUUUUUCUCUUUGUCGGUGAGUUGCGGCAUCGGUUUAUUCAACAAUAAUUCCUUAACAGGAGUUGGUAUCACAGCGUCAGGACUACCACCAUAGUGCAACCUCUUUCUAGAAGGAGGGACGCGAGUCUCACCUCUCGUUGAUGAAUGCCCUAGAACGCCAGCCAAACGAUGAUCAAUAUUGAUAUGUUAAGGAGUGUCUUCGAGCGGUUCGAUUUCAGGGCGAUCAGGGUCUGUUGCAGUCUCCGGGGCAUCGUAUCUGUGCUCGGCUCGGGUGGCCUUAAGUAUUCCUUUAUUAUAUGUUUCUAAAAGGCCCAGAAAACCGCCGACAAAACGCUGUCUCUUGUGAUCGAUUACAAUAAUUACUUCAGCCUUUGUCAUGGUGUGAAGAGCGUGACCCUUCUGAAAUAAAGUCGCCUUGCGCCGGUAUAGCGCGGAAGACCUCGCCUGGGAAUUGCUUAGGCCAUUUUCUCUUUCCCCCUUCGCGGUGUAUUUCUUUUUAAUUCGGCCUUUUGCGAAGUUCCACUGCGAAUAUAAAGUAAGUAGUUUAAAUACAAUUGCCAGUGUUCGAGUUCAGUGUAAGGUUCUCCUGAUUACAAGUACAAAAAUUUAUAGGAAUGCACGGAGGAGGGGUGAGGGUAUAACUGGGGGUGCUUGUCAAAUCGAAAACCACGAGACUUAUUUACAACUUUUCACGAAAGAGACCAGAGCAGUUAUGAUAGGAAUGUUCCUGCUUGUCCAAAUAGGUACCUAGCUACCCGCUGAAAAGAUAUUCUUUUAACUUUCAGCGGUUUGUUUCAAAACAUUCAAUAAGCAUCUACAUGUACACGUGGGCGAACCGGAAAAGGUUUCAACUGGGCAACAACAUGAGCAUGAUGAAAAAAAUAUUACUUACCGAGCUUCGCCUUCAGUACCGUUUACAUCAGGGCUUAUCGAAUUCAUGGUUCCAAAACAGUUUUUGAGAUCACUUCAAUUUUUAAAUAUAAGACUGACAAAAAUGUCCACGCGAAACACUUGCGUAAGAGCAGUGUAAUAGGAGUUCUUCACAGCACCACAAAUAAACCAACAUUGAAACAAACAGUUAUUUCAUUGGUAACUAGCAUUCUAGAAGUGUCAUCUGGACAUCUCACCGGAAACGGCAGAGUUGGGUGCCGAGCUGGUCAAAGGUCUCAAAUCCUCGGAACAAAGUGAGCGCAAUCCUUCAGCAUGGCAGCGACAAUAGACUUUUUCAGAAUUUCCAUCAAAGGCGUUCAAAUCAAAGGGUAAGUUUUGCAGCAGUGGUAUUUUCUGCGUAAACUAAUUGCCUUACCGCACUUCAUGUGAAAUUCCUUCAGAAAACAAAGCCUUACUUGGCGCUUAUCUCCAUGGCUUACGCUGUUUAAUUUGGAUAAUUUUCAGAUAUCACCAUUUCAAGGUUAAAGCACCAUCUGGGACACCAUUUAUCGUUAGAAAGGAAGCUUACAACGAGUAUGAUCCCUUCGCACUGGCAUGUCUUAUCCCUGCCGAAUUGGAACUAAUUCCGGAGCCUUUGCGGAAAAUGGCCAUUUACAGCAAAUCAAAGCGAAAAAGUUACACUUUGGAAGAUGUGCGAGGGUCUCAGAUCGGUAGAAUUCAGUAUUUUUUAAACAUGGAGCUAUCCUACCUUCUGGAGUGUGGCAAGAUAUCGCGGAUUGAAGGGUAA